AUGAUCAAUAAAAUUUUGUUAAUAAUCCAAUCAUUUAAAUAUCAAAGAAAAAAUAUUAAAAUGAUGAUCCUUUUAAACAUCAUUUAGAAGUAUCAAAUAUUAUUAAAAUAGUUCAUUAAAAAUAAUAAAGAUUAAACAGAAUAAUAUGAUUUAAAAAUAGGAGUGCCUAUCAAGUAAUAAAACAAAAUUAAAAUUGAAAUUGAAGGCUCAUAUUAAUAUUAAUAAAAUAAAUGAUAAAAUCUAGAUUCUUUUUUUCUUAUUAAGAUAAACGUGUAUUUUAAAGAAAAAAUUAAAAUAUAAGAAAAGAAGAUUUUGUUGUUAAACUAUUAGAUGAAUAUAUUCAUUCUAAAAAAUUAGUUUCAGCAUUAAAUAUAGAUGAUAAUUUAAGUUAAUCAAUUUAACCCUUAGCAUAAUCUAAUUUUUUUAAGAGAAUCCAAAUUUUUUAAAUUUAGAUCUAUCGAAUUUAUUUCUUAUUGAUUGAGAUAAUAAUAAUAAAAUUUCAAUUGCUCCUACAUUAAUUGAACCUAUAGAAAAUAUUGUUAAAAAUCCAGGAAUUUAUCCAAUAUCUAAAUUUAAAAAUCACUACUAUUAUAAUUACUUGA